CUCUCAAACAGGCUGCACAAUUCGGAUGUGAAUUUGCAAAGCGACCGAAGGCUUAUUUAAAUCUGGUUUUCACUGGAAAUAUUUUCGCACUCGAAUGCGUCUCAGCCAAUCGCAGCGUACGGGGACAGACAGCUGACUUAUUUUUGUUCGUGUAAAAUGUAGUCUAAGUCAAUAUUCAGCCUCUCGGUACGAUGAAAAUCUGGAAAAAGCAUGCAGGGCUGGCUGGCAGACGAGGGCCGGUGAAUGGAGGUCACCGCAGACACUGAGUGAGUCUCAGCGGUGAGACAGAGAGGGGGAGAGGGAGGACGGACAGCGGCCAGCCGCCUUCAAAAAUGGCGUCUCCGGAGGAAAAUGAGUAAAAAAUAUUAAAACGCGGCCUUCUUUCUUUACACUUCCUCGUUCGGUAUUCAUGUGUUUUCGCACUAUUGUUGUGUUUUUACCGGUGUGGACAAACUCGUCGUCGCUUUUACUGUAGCAGCCAAAGAAAGCAGAAAUCAGGGGAGCGAGCAUUUGGGGGAAAUAAAGGCAGCCCUGUUUUAUUUUGAUGCGUCGUUACUGACAGUUAGCAUCUGCUGCUAGCCCACAGCUCUGCUCCGGAGGGGGGUGGGAACCAUUUGCAUUCAAAGAAGAAGAAAAAAAAAAAGAUUUUGAAAUUGGGGAUUUCUUUGCUCGUCUAUGGGGAGUGAUUGCUACCAACGUGGCCCGUCGAUUGCAAUCUUUUUGCUGGUGCUAGCAUCGUAGCAAAGACGAGGCUAAAGAAAGGGGAGGAGAGACGGUGGAAAAAGGACGCAUUCAAAUCAAAUGUUUAUCAGCAAUUCGUCCAUUACCGGCCAAAUCCGCGGCACCUUCAUCAUGACCGUGACUGAUUUUGGACUGAAUCUGAAUUCGUGGAAAUGAUAAACGUGAAAGGCGAAGGAAAAGGAGAAAGACUGGCUUUUUUUGGAGGUGGUUGGAUUAUAACCCCGUAGACCCCCCUCUUUUUUCAUCCAGCUUUCUCCUCCUCCCCUCCAUUUCUCUUUCAAUAUGCUGUUUUCCACUCCUGAGGACUUGCUUAUGAAACCGGGGAAAAUAGCCUGAAACCGAGAACGGGAAAGACUGGAUUUUUUUCCGUAAUCUGCUCUGCGACGAUCUCGUUGCUUUCGUCCUCAUCGCACACAUUGUACGCCACAUAAAUGGAUAGAAAUUACCCGGGAACAGGAUUUGGAGAUUUGGGCGCAGGAGCAGGAUGGAGUUACGAGAGAUCGGCAAAAGCAAGUCUUGUAUAUGGGAGUUCCAGAUCAUCCCACCCUGAGUCUGAGCUCCUUCACCGACAAGCCUACGCCACCCCACACCCUCUGCAGGGCUAUGCCACCAAUCACCACCCAGGGAGCUCUGGCCAAGGCGGGGCUUGGGGAGCAGCUGGACGGAGUUUGGGUCUGUCAGGGCUCUUUGACACUGGCCUCCACCAUGCCAGUCCCUCCGCCCCAGAUGCCUCCGUCAUGAAUCUGAUCUCAGCCCUGGAGUCUCGGGGUCCCCAGCCUCCUCCCUCUGCCUCCUCCCUUCUCUCCCAGUUCCGCACACCGUCCUGGCAGACAGCGAUGCACACGCCUGCUCCUCCUGAACUUUUCAUCUCUGGAGCCCUUCCUGGCUCUGGCUCCUUCCCCUCCUCUUCAGCUCUCUCAGCCUAUCAGCAUCCAGCAUCCUUCUCCAGCCGCUCCUUCCCCACAGCCUCCCUUUCCCUCCAGGAUACGCCCACAUUUAGUCCCACAUCCAACGGCCUGCUCUCCCCACAUGAUCCCCUACUACACAUCAAGGCCCCUUCCCAGUCCAGCCUGGGUUUUGAUAGACUCCUGUCCUCGCAGGGUGCUGCGGCAGCCGCCUACAGGGGCAGUCAGGAUCCCACGAGUGCCACAUCAGCCCAGGCGUCCUCUGCCAGGCACCUGCAGUCGCACCAGUUCAACCUGCUGUCAUCACAGCUCCAGGACCAGUCGUCCCAGCUGUACAACGCAUCAGUGUUUUCCUCAGCCCAGCCCCAGCCUCAGUCCCAGUCCCAGUCCAAUUCGGCUCAGGAACGGGCUGUUCCCCGGCAGGACAGCGUUAUUAAGCACUACCAGCGGCCCACGCCAGCUCAGUCACAGCUCUCAUCCUCUGCUGCCCACUCCCUUCAGCACUACCUCAGCUGUGGAGGGGCAGGGUACCAGCAGAUUGCCACUCACCACAGGCAUGCUGGCCUUUCCUGCAGCCCACUGGGCGACCAGAGCCCCUCAUCUGACCACAAGCCCACCUCUCGCACUGAGCAGUAUCGGCCAAUCAUCCAGCCCCCCUAUUCCUCCUCAUCCUCCUCCUCGUCAUCUUCCUCAGCUGGGAAAGGUACCAAAAGCAGCUCCAGCAGUGGCUAUUCUUCUGCCAGCUCAGCAUCAUCCUCAAGAACUCCCCACACACCCCCUUCUGCUUCCUCCACUUCGUCUUCCUCAUCCUCCUCUUCUGCCACUUCUGGGGCUCAUCCUUCCAACUCGAUCCCCACCUCCAGCUCAAGCGCAGCCCCCUCCAGGCAGCAACCACCCCCUCAACCAGCUCCGCCUCCCCCAGCCCCACAGCAGCAACAGCCCCCUGCCACAUCCACGUCAGCCCCCCAGUCUCUCCCCAAAUCCUGCCUCUCAGGCUAUGGCUCUCCUGUGCCCCCUGUGAAGACCCCCACCUCUGCUCUUACUGGUCAGACCCCACCCCAACAACAGACACAGUCAUAUUCCCCUAAUCAGCCCCCUACCUCUCACCUGGCUCAGUCCUACGGAGGCUUCAGUUCACCACAAGCCCAAGACCUGAGCUCAGGUACAGGUGGGAAAGGCUAUGGGAGUUUAGGAGGGCGAAGCCAGUCAUACCCUACUGAUAUAUAUGGAGCGGACUCCGCUUACGGAUCGCUUCCAUCCUCUCUGGGUGGAGCUGGAAGCCCAUCACUAGGCUACGGAGCCCCAGGUCACUCCCCUGCCCUUUUAAGGUCAAGUGGUUCAUCAGGCAGUGGAGCAUCUGGGGGAGGAAGCAGUAGCGGCACAGGAAGUGGAAACUCUGGGUCAGGAGGAGGAGCAGGAAAUGGAAUGACUAAUGAGAGAGGUGGAGGUGGUAGUGGUGGAGGGUCUUAUCAUAUUCCAGACUCUAGCCCGUCGCCAUCAGGCAACUCAGGCAUCAUCCGUCCAGGGUUGCACUCCCCGGUGCCGACCUGCCCCACGCAAUCUCCAGGAGGUGCGGGCUCGAAUAAAUACAUUUCCUCAGUUCUCUCUCCUACCUUCCUUGCCUCCCCUCAGGGCUUCCCCGACACCAGAGGCCCAAGCUCCCAACCUCAGUCCUAUCAUUCCACCUCCUCUAAAACAAAGGCGGACACUUCCAUGCUAGGAGUGGGCUCUCAGAGAUCCCAAGAGGAAGUAGACGAUGAUGAUGAGUUCUUGAUCCAGCACCUGCUGCAAGCCCAAGCAAGUCCCGCUCCCCAGGCUGCUCAUCACCAUCCUCAACAACAACCCCAACAGACAUCCCAACAAACCCAGCCUCAGCCCCAGUCAGUGCCCCCAACCACUGAUUCAGGCAAAGGGCUGAGCUAUGACAUGGGUAAGAGCUCUGAGGAGAGGUACCACCCCCAGAGUGUCAUACGUACCCACAGUGCCACAUCCACUGGUAAUGCAGGGUCUGGAGGGUCCAUCUCAGGGCUGGACAACCAGCUGGAGAUGUCACUAAAGAAACAACAGCAACAACAUCAACAACAACACCAUCAUCAACAGCAGCAGCAACAACAGCAGCAGCAAAGGAACGAGAGGUCUGUUGGAAGCAGCAGAAGCAGUGGAGGGAGAGGCAGCACUGAACAAGUGCACUCCCAUCUCCAUCACCAUGACAACCUAGGCUCGGUAGUCCACUAUGGGCGGGGUGACCCAUAUAGUCAACACUCCCUUGCUCCCCAACACUCCUCACACAGUCAGCACGUGUCCUCUCACUCACAGAUUCCAUCCCACACCCAAAUGGAGCUCCAAAAGAAGCCACAGGAGCGCGCCGAAAUCCCCUAUCCCCGGAAAACACCGGAAGUUCAGCAGCAGCACUCCCAAUCUCAAGCUGCUGCCUCCCUCAUGGACUCUCCCACUGACCAAUCCCGUCAGCCACCACACUUGCUCCAGUCCGUGCUGUCCCACACCACCCGCAACAAACUUGAGCCACACCAACAACACCACAAGAUGGAUUCCCACCAACAACAUCAACAACAGCACCACAAAAUGGACUCUCAUCGGCAACACCAACAACAUCACAAAAUGGACUCCCACCAACCACAUCAGCAGCACCCAAAAAUGGACUCCCACCCACAGCACCAACAGCACCAGAAAAUGGACUCCCAUCAGCAUCAGCAGCACCACAAAAUUGAUUCUCAUUCGCAACACCAACAGCACCAUAAAAUGGACUCUCACCCCCAACAGCAGCAGCACUCUAUUAGCCAACAGCAAGCUGUGAUGGAAAGUGCUGGCGGAGCACUCGGCUCAAGUAAACAUCAGGCUCAGUCUCAGUCCCAAACCACCCAGCUCCAGCUUCAGCUCCAGUCCCAGGCUUUGGAGGUUGCAGCAGCUCACUACAACCACGGGCCCCCUCCACAUCAGCACGAGCAGAGCCAGGUGAAACAAAGCUCAGUGGUGUCUUCCUUGGACAUGCUGGAGCGCUCCCUGUCUCAGACCUCCAGCACGGACGUAGCCGUUGCAGAGGACAGACGCGGUGGAGCAGGCAGCGGGGGAAGGAACGGAGGCAGCAGUGAGCGUCACAGACAGCAGCAGGAGCAGCAGCAGAGACAGCACCCAUCCCACCAUCACUCACAGCAGCACUCAGCCUCUGAACUCCACUCCUUCCUCUCCGAGCCCGAUAUCGGCUUAUCCACCCCGCCUCACAUGCACCAUCUUUCACAGCACCACCCGCAGCAGCAACAGCAGCAGCACCCCAGCUCUCAACACCAACAAACCCACCCUCACCACCCUCACCCUCAGCAGCAGCCCCCACACCCUCAUCACAUACCCCCACCAUCUGCCUCAGCCCACUCCCAGCCUCAGCCUGACCCGCAGCAGCUCACCCCUCAGCAGAGCCAGAUGGACCAACAGCGCUCGGAGCAGCACCAGUUUGACACCGUCAGCCCGGUGGAGAAAGCAGACCAGAAUCAACAAAGUAACCGCUUUGUACCCCUGACUUCCAUCUGCUUCCCAGACUCCCUCCUUCAGGAUGAGGACCGCUCCUUUUUUCCAGGAAUGGAAGACAUGUUUUGCGCAGAGGACUACAAGUCAAGCUGUGCUGGGGGGGCAGGACCAGGACAGGAGGAGAUGAACGAAAGCCACACUGGGCAAGAGGGAAUGGAUUCCAUGAAAGCUGGACAGGGUGGAGGUGGAGCAGCGGGAGGUAGUGGACCUAGCUAUGACAUAAUGGGUCACCAUGGUGGAGAUCAGGGUUAUGAACCAUACUGCCAUGGCCUGGAAGAGCCCAGCAACAACACUAUGACUCUGGAUCUAGAUUCACUUAAAACCCAUGAGCUCCCUUCCACUGUGAACACUGAACAGCUGGGAUUGAUACAGUCCCAGGCUCCAGCUAUGGGCAUGGGCUCCAAUACCGCUGGUCCCAACAACUCUGGAGCUAAACUGUCCUCUGGGCCUGGAGGAACGAGCCAAGGAUCUGGCACCGGAGGCCUCCAGUCUCCUAUUUUCUGCUCUUCUCGUCCCAAGAAGCUCCUCAAGUCCAGCUCUUUCCACCUGUUGAAGGAGCGCCGGGACCCCAACACACUGCCUAAGAAAAGCUACGCUCAAGAAUAUGAGUUUGAAGACGAUGAGGAUAAAGCCGACCAGCCGGCUGACAUCCGGUUGAACAGCCGGAGGCUCCCGGACCUGUUGCCAGACCUGGUGUCCAGCUGCAGAAAGGGAGGAGGAGGAAGUGGGUCCCUCAGCCCUUUAAUGGGUGACAUUGACUUCUACCACUCCUCCGGCUACACCUCUAUGGGCUCACACUCUCUUUUGCCUCAAGACGGACCCAAGAAGAGGGGCCGAAAGCCCACCAGACCCAAAAGGGAGGGUCCCCCGAGGCCGAGAGGCAGGCCUCGCAUCCGCCCAAUGCCUGAGCCCUACACCCCGCGUGGGAUGAUGGGGGAGAUGGGCGGAACAACAACAGGAGGGGCAUUCAGCGUGGAGGGACGAGGCAGGGGUAGGGGCCGCGGGAGCCGAGGUAGAGGGCAGAGGAGGGAGGAUAUGUACAUGGAAAUGAGCGGGAAGGAGCAGGAUCAGAUGCACCACCAUCACCUCCAUCAGCAGCAGCCACAGCCGCUUCAUCACCAGCCCCAACAGCAGAUACACGAGCCUAUUCCUCCUCUCAAGAUCAAGUUACCAAUUGGUACGCUGUCCUCCUCGGAUGCCUUGCUGAGGACGGACUCUCUGUCUGGCACGGACCCUGCUCUGUCGGACGGUUCAGUGGGCUCCGCUCCCUCCCUCGGUUUAAGUCCUGGACCCCCCUGCAGCACUGAGAGCAACAGGAGUCAAGACAAGAACAAGCAGAAAAGCCAGAUGAUGAGUGAAGGAGUAGAUGACGAGGGGCUGGAGGAAAGGGGCGAUGAAAAGGACUCUGAAUCCAAGGCGGGCUUCGUCGCUUCAUUCUUGGACUUCCUGAAGACAGGGAAGAGACCUCCAGGCUUGGACAUCUCACCAGGAAUGGAACCUGACAAUGGUGAAACCUCACCUUGUAAAUCAGGGGGUCUGCGCCCACUGUCUCCUGCACCUCCCCCUCCACCGCCGCCGCCUCCUUUUGGGGACAGUGAAGGGAACGGGGGUCUCGCUCUGGGCAGCUGCCCCAGCCCCAAGCGCUUGGAGGACGAGCUAAAGAGGAACCUGGAGACCUUGCCGUCGUUCUCAUCUGACGAGGAGGACUCAGUGGGAAAGAACCAGGACCUCCAGAAAAGCAUCUCCUCAGCCAUCUCAGCUCUGUACGACACUCCUCAGCUAAGUAACAUCCAGCCCCCGCUACCUCCUCCACCUCCCCAGCCUCAGCCUCAGGCAAGCCAGUCCCCACUUACUCCCACGCUGCAACCUCCCACACUCAGCCCACAGCCGACCAUGCACACACCGCACGCAAUGCCCCAGUCCAACGAACCUGACGUCCUCCAGGCAGAAGAUGGAGACAUGGAUGAGAACAAGGAGGAGGAGAACGAGGAGGAGAGGAGCACGGGAGGAGAAGAAGAGAGUGAUAUGACAGAGGAGAGAGAGCCACAGCUGGAAACACUGGGUGCCCCCAAUCUUGAUGAACCCCUCCCUGAGAUUCCUCCAGAGCCAGAAACUCCCGAACCUCCCUCUGUCCCUCCAUCUCCCGCCUCAUCCUCCUCUCCCUCCCUCUCCCCCCUCCCUCCCCUCUCCCUCCCCUCACCCCUGCCUCCACCGGAGGAACAGCAGGAGAAUUCCCAGCCUCCGAGCCCUGUCGCUCCCACAUCCCCCUCACCAUCACCUCCCCCACCCGCCACUCUCCCUCAGUCUGCCGCUUCUUCUCCUCCUCCUCCUCCUCCUCUUCCUCCUCCUGCGACUUCCCCUCCUCCACCACCUUCCGUUCAGAAGGAGUCUCCCAUGCCAUCUCCAGAGUCCCCCGCCUCUCCCGAGGAGCCCCCGGCUCCUAAGAUCACCUCCCUGCACCUCGCCCAGAAGCAAGAGGAUGCUGCCAUCGCUGGGGAGAGUGAGGAGGAUGAGAGCGAGAGCGGAGGCGAGGGCAUCUUCAGAGAAAGGGACGAGUUUGUGGUACGGGUGGAAGACAUUCGAACUCUCAAGCUGGCCCUGCAGAUGGGCCGUGAGCCUCCACCCAUAUGGAGGGUGCAGAAAGCUCUGCUGCAGAAGUUCAGCCCAGAGAUCAAAGAUGGACAGAGACAGUUCUGCGCCACAAGCAACUAUCUUGGUUACUUUGGAGAUGCCAAGAGGCGAUACCAGCGGAUCUACGUCAAGUUUCUGGAGAAUGUCAACAAGAAGGACUACGUCAGAGUCUGCUCUCGGAGACCGUGGCGCAGAGCCACACCUGCCCUCAGGCGCCAGUCCCUUCCCAGAAUGGCUUCCCCUCCUGCCUCCCAGGUGCCACCCAGAGUCGAGAAAGAGGAGCGAGUGGCUCCGCCAGUCCAGCGCGAACAGAGGGAGAGAACAAGAACCUCGACAGCAGCCACAAGAGAACAACGGGAGAAGAAGGAGGUUCCGGCUGCUCUGCCCAAAGCAAAAAGGGAGGAGAAAGAGAAAGAGAGGGAGUCUGAGAAGGAGAAGGAUAAAGAGAGGGAGAGGCGGGUACAGCCGCAGCAGGAAAAAGUGGAGAAACGUGCUGCGGCGGCAGAGCGAGGUAGAGCGAAGGAGGAGAAGAAAGCGGUGGAGAGGAAGGAGAAGGAGAAGGCUGAGCGCCCACCGAAGUCCAAGCCGGCCAAAGUGAAGGCGGAGCCGCCGCCCAAGAAGAGGAAGAAGUGGCUGAAGGAAAUACCUUCGUCGUCUGACUCGGACUCAUCAGAGGAGGCAGCUAGUGAGAAUGAAAUGCCAGUGAAAGGAGGAGUGAACAACCGUGCCAUGAGGGAGAUGUUCAGGAGCUACGUGGAGAUGCUGGUCAGCACAGCCCUGGAUCCAGACAUGAUCCAAGCCCUGGAGGACACAGAUGAUGAGCUGUACCUCCCACCGAUGAGGAAGAUUGACAGCAUCCUCAGCGAACAGAAGCGGAGGUUGUUGAGGAGAGUCAGCAUGAGCUCUCAGCACCAGGAGGUCCUGCAUGCAUACCCCCAGAUCAUUGUAGACCCCCUGGACUCAGGAGUGGUGAGGGUGCGGCUAAGCGGGGACGCUUACAACCGCAAGACCCUCAACAGAGUCAAAAAGACCCUGCCUAAACCACAGGACCUUAAACUGUCAGGGGAGACGUAUCGGAUCUACAGUCUCUACCACUCCCUGCAUCACUAUAAAUACCACACCUUCCUACAGUGCAAGAAAGAGACCAACACCAUUGAGCAGGCAGCUGAGGACCCAGGCCAAGAGGAAGUGGUGCAGCAGUGCAUGGCCAACCAGAGCUGGCUGGACACCCUCUUCAGCUCCUUCAUCGAGCUGCUCACGCUCAGCACCAAAGCCUGAGUCGACCACAAAGACAGCGAGAGAGAGAGAUGAAAUGGAUUAAAGCGAGAGGAUUUAAAAAAGAAACAAAAAACAAAAUGAAGAUACAAACGGAAAGAGAUGGAUCCCACUGUACAGCCCCCCGACCCUCUUCAAAUCUCUUACGAUCUGAGGAUGAAUUUUUAAAAGGCCCUCGAUGAACACAAGGGGGUCUGUUCAUGUGACCUCGGACACUGGCCUCUGUUCUUUUUCUUGUUGUUGAUCACUGACUAAAGAAAUGUCUUACUCUGUGAGAAGCGGGGACCCCCCCACCGGUUCAGGGGUCACUGGCAGGGUCAAGAGGGAAUUGACCGUUUGGUGAAAAGGGAGCGAAGGACAAAGAGGAGGAGCCAUCACGCCAAGUCCACGGAGGAGCCACUGACAUCUUGUUAACUGUGUGUCAUGAAGACGAUAGUUCAAAGAGAAACUAUUACCACUUAGUUUUUACAUAAAUUAUUUUUUUGAAGACUAACAUCAGCUGUUGGCUUUUGAAAAGAGUGGAAGAGGGUGAGAAUGCUUUUUAAAAAAACUGCGUGCAGAGUGUGCCGUGAGCAGCGUGAACAUUGGACUCGUCCGCGGGUAGAAACAUGAAAUGUGUUAAUAAACGCUCUCUCUCUCUCAUCCUGUGCUACGUGAAGGGCAGCACCAGUCCGCUGUGUGAUAAUAUAUAAACACAUUUUUAUUAUUUAUAUGAGGAGGUUUUUAACUUAAACUCUCACAAGCGCUGGGUUGCUGCCCUAACAUUUUAAAUACCUUUUUAUUUUCCACAGGAUCAGUAUACAAUCGUAACCCACAUAUCCAAGCCGUCUUCCCCUCUAUACAAAAGAACAGACGUCGAGACAGAAAUAUUGUAUCAAAUACAGUGGGUGUAAAAUAACGAUUAAAAAAAAAAAAAAAAAAACGGAAGAAAAGAAAAAAGAGAAUGGGAAAAUCUAUUUGAAACUUAACAUUGUUGUGCUUCAGUUCAAUCAUCAGUCAUGCAGGUGCAAAGAAAAAGAAGUAAACUAUCCAUUUCCCGUGUGGGAAGGAGUAUAAAUAAGUAAUAUUUAAAGAGGAAAUAGUCAUUUCAUUUUUAUCAUUUUGAUGUUUGUGCAUACUAUGACUUAUUUUGAAAACAAUCUAAUUUUCCAUAAAAAAAGGAAAAAAAAGGCGUGUAAAUAUUGUACAGUUCUUGAUGAAAUUCUUUGUCCUUCUGUACAUUAACUCUCCUGUAUUUGAGAAACAAAUAAAAUCUGCAAAGAACAAA